AACUUUUCAUGCGAACCAGCAAAACAUCUUGACUUGGGCAUGUGAUUCCUCCCUCAUCAAAGGUCAAUGAUGAAAAUCACCUUUAACGUAACAACUCUUAUCUACCAAUAAUUUGGAGAUUUAUUCAGAACGCCUUGGAGAUCCAUCCCAAACACUGUCAAAGACUAAUUACUUACAUAGGGCCUCUCGUUUAUCAGGGCCAUCUUAACCMAGAGUGUGGAUUUACCGAUCUUAUAGGCUUAGAGCUUAAAGCAUCACUCCACGCCGACCUUCACAGGACAGAGCACCAAGAUACCAAGACGAAAYAACGAUUCCGGUGCGGGGAACCAAACUUCUUUGGUCAUGCUUCAAAUGCAGAACGGUCCUGGUUUGAGCAUUCCUUCWYUAGUGUCCUGCUAUGAGGAUCARAAUUGUAUGACUAACGCGCCGUCAAGGCCACAGUAUUGCRCCCCAACUCCUCAGAAUGGAUACCACUCAGGUCGAGUCUUGCAAGAGAUGAUGUACCAGAAUGAAGUGAACUAUCCYGGUUAUAUAGCUGAUCACCGCGGUAGCCAGGGGAUCCAAUCUUCCUGGUCUACGCCGUGGGGACCGCGACAGAACGUCCCAUAUCUCGCUCACCCUCAUCCAGGCGAUCCGUACCAAUACGGCUACGGUGGUGAACUGGCCGACUUUCAAGACGAUACAAACGGAUACGUACAGAAACGUAAAAGAGCGCGMACCGCGUUUUCCGCCGACCAACUCAAAAGGCUAGAAAAAAGAUUUCUCGCGAACCAUUACAUCGUGGGCGAAGAGAGGCAAAAAGUAGCCAAGGAUCUAGACUURUCGGAAGCCCAGGUUAAAGUCUGGUUUCAGAACAGACGAACAAAGUUUAAGCGUGACCAAGAACUAGAAAGACUUGGAAAGAAGAAGAAGAGAAAAGGGGAGCACCAUAUUCGRAAAUGGCAAAUAACGACCAGACAUUUUAGCGGGGAAUCAUUCUAUWCCKCARCRGAUAACGAUGUCGACUCUAUAGUCAAAUGUAACAAUUAGCUUGAGAGAAGAACUUAAGCCCAUAUUUCAAAGAUAAGGAUAUGUAAUGCCUUAAUUAUGGUCUAUCUAGUGGAGACAUUUACGAGUUGAUCUGAACAUUUGAAAACCUACAAGAGGGCUUAUUGCUGAUAGUGGAUACGGAGUUGAAGAGCGCUUGUUUUCUUGCUCGCGUAUCUAUAAUCUGAUUCCCUACUAAUUAGAACAGUUCUGGUUUGAACUGCGUAAUUGUAGGCUAUUUAGACUAGGUCAGAUAGUAAUAAACUCCGAGGAAGCAAUAUCAAAUAAUUAACUUCCCCUGUAAGCCUUUACAAUGUUCUUAAUGAGCAGGGAAAGCUCGUAAUGUUUUCAGUAGUUGUCAAGUUCUAUAGCCGUAUUAACACAAAUAAUUGCCUUCAUUACAGAACGAGAAACUGCAUUAUCAGUUAUGUUAAGCUUAAUUGGUCUUUCAAGUAAUUAUUCUCGGAACUUUUAUGAUAAGCGCRGUAAAGCUGCCAAAUUAGAAAAGAAAUCACCGUUAUAUAAGGCAAUAUUGAAUUAAUUUGUAAAAUACCCUUCCUUCAUGGCUUAUGUGUAGAUGUCCGCCACGCGUUUGCUAAAAGCUCCACCGCGCGGCGGAUUUUGUAACGGAUGCGAAAGAUAUCGAAAAUACGGCAUCAUUUGAGAGUAUUAAGGACUUCGGCAGCGCUUUCUGAAGACAUGAUCAUCUAAAGAGCUCUGAGUUAGCCUGAUUAACUUGGCGAGAUUUAUCUUAAGUCGUUCAAACUAUACAGGCUGCAUUCCAUUACCGAAAGUAAGGUUGUGAACCAUUUAUAUAAAUCCAUAUUGAUGUAUAUAUAAUGUAUAUAUUUCCAGUUUUGUUUAUCUUAUAUCAAAUAUAUAGAGUUAUUGGACAUACAUAUUCUAGAAUGAACGCCCUGAAAAGUAUACUUGUGGUCUAUUUGAGUACAUUAACUAUAAUCCGUGAAACGUUCUUGUAAAAAAUUGUACAAAUUCGUUUAAGUUAGAUUAAGGAUUUUUUUUGCCUUUGUUACCAAACUAUUUCACAGACGCAUAGCGAAUUCACACUGUAUGGCCUAUGGCCRAUGUUUUMUCUUAAAUCCGUGAAAYGAUUACUCUGAAUACUCGAGACGCACACUAGAAAAACACUAAGAAACUAUUAUACCACGUUAUCAUUGCAGUAUCUAUUUCACGGAUUUUCGAGAAGUACUCUGGACAGUUACUAUUAAAGCAGUUUAAUACUAUAUAAUGUUAUUAUUCGUGUUAUACUCGUCUUAAAUUACUAGUAUUUAGUAUAAACAUUUCAAAUGUUCAAAUUAAAUGAAAAAGUGUAUGUAAAAUAUAUAUUCUCUGGUUUUACAGAGCGCCAUGUUCUGGCACGUUGUUUUUGUAAACACUAAAACAGAAUUUACUGGAAAUAAAAAAUUCAAAAUCGUGA